GCCGCGGGGCCCCCGUGCCCUGCCCGCCCAGGCCCGCGUCCCCCGGCGGCGGCGCCCAUGCCCGAGCAAGGCCCCAGAAUGAACGGUUUCUCGCUGGGCGAGCUCUGCUGGCUCUUCUGCUGCCCGCCCUGCCCCAGCCGCAUCGCCGCCAAGCUGGCCUUCCUGCCGCCGGAGCCCACGUACACCGUGCUGCAGCCCGAGCAGCAGCAGCAGCAGGAGGGCGGCGCGGCCGCGGGCACCCCGACCGCCUCGGGCACCUGCAGCCUGCACCUGAGCGAGCGCGCCGACUGGCAGUACUCGCAGCGGGAACUGGAUGCCGUGGAAGUUUUCUUCUCCCGCACGGCGCGGGACAACCGGCUGGGCUGCAUGUUCGUGCGCUGUGCCCCCACGGGCCGCUACACGCUGCUCUUCUCGCACGGUAACGCCGUGGACCUGGGCCAGAUGUGCAGCUUCUACAUCGGCCUCGGCUCCCGCAUCAACUGCAACGUCUUCUCCUACGACUACUCCGGCUACGGGGUGAGCACCGGCAAGCCCUCCGAGAAGAACCUCUACGCAGACAUUGAUGCCGCCUGGCAAGCCCUCAGGACAAGGUAUGGUGUUAGUCCUGAGAACAUUAUCCUGUAUGGCCAGAGUAUUGGUACUGUCCCUACGGUAGACCUGGCRUCUCGGUACGAGUGUGCAGCAGUCAUCCUUCAUUCUCCUCUGAUGUCCGGAUUACGGGUAGCUUUUCCUGACACCAGGAAAACCUAUUGUUUUGAUGCUUUUCCGAGCAUUGACAAGAUCUCUAAAGUAACCUCUCCUGUGCUGGUAAUCCAUGGUACCGAAGACGAGGUCAUUGAUUUCUCGCACGGCCUGGCRAUGUACGAGCGAUGUCCGCGAGCGGUCGAGCCCCUCUGGGUGGAAGGGGCCGGGCAUAAUGACAUAGAGCUUUAUGCACAGUACUUAGAGAGACUAAAACAGUUCAUAUCUCAUGAACUUCCCAACUCCUGAAGAAGCCUACCUGAUUUUACCUCAGUUACUGUGAACGGAAGAAAUUACCUGUUUUUGCACAUGCUUUAACUGGAUAGCUGUAAUAGCUUUAUACUAUGAAGAAAUGCCCUGACUUGAGGGCGUUCUAAUCAAACAGCUGAUGAAAUUUGUCUUUUAUAUCUGGAAAUGAUUCUACUAAUGCACACAAUAUGGUCAACUACUGUAAUUCCAACCAUUUUUAGCUUCGAUGCCCUGAAGGAAGUGGGGAUUCUAGCUGCUUAUGGGGACACUUUUUACCUAGUGCUGUAUUAAUCAAAGGUCAGUUUUCUCUGUCUCACUUCUGAUCGUUUAUAAUUCUGUCCUACAAAGACUUUUUUUCCAACGUUCUCUGUAUGUAGGACACAACUGUCACGAGCUGCAGCCUGUUCUAAACAAUCAGUUGUGGGUUCAGUCUAAGGGAGUACUUUCUUUGUAACGUUUUUCUAGCUGUGGUAUUGUAACUGGAAAGUUAUUGUGAUGAAGAUCUCCCCCUCUCCCUCUUCGUGUUCUUUUGUUAACUUACUGAUCUUCCCAAGUAAAUUAUUUACAUAGGUUUUUUUUUCCUGAAAAUAAGCAAACUACUAUAUGGGGCUAAAUUCUGUAAUGACCUCUCCAUUACCUGUGUAAACAUAACUGGAAUAUUCUUAAAGGAAAAAACAGAUAAAAUUUCUUUUGUUUAAAAAUAAAUGUGUAAAUUUACUACUAGAAAACUCAUUUUAAUAUUCAGAUGGUCUGAAUAAUAGCCAUAACUGACAUUUCCUUCUGUAAAGCAUUCCUGUAGACUUUUUAAAAGUACUGUACAUAUUUGAAUUUUCAUUGUGCAUAGAUUCUUAAUUGGUAGUUUUAAUUUAAGUCUAGCUACAAUAAACUGCAAAAUUCUGGUUUGUAUAUGAUUGAAUACAUUUUGUUAAAAUAUGUUUUUAUCCCUAUAUUAUUUUGCUAUUAAAGUUUUAUAAAGUUUCCAGGGCAAAACAAUUUACACAUUUAUGUUUUGAUGAAUUUAUGUAACUAAAUUUUCAUUGAACUGAUCUUUUUAGUUUAGAGGUAAUUUGAUUCUUUAACACUGGAAUCGCACAGAUUAUAUGCAUCAGAAAUGCAAGACACUUAAAAUUGUUACACUACUAGCAUAGGUCUAAUUUUUCCAAAUUUAAAGGCCUUAAAUGUACUGUAAGCCUCAGAUUGUUGUAUAAAUUGAUCGCAGAUUGAUUGCAGUUUGUGUCCUGUUGCUAGAAUGCAACGCAGUGAUUGUAAUGGAAUAAAGGAUGCAUGGAUUAGAUUUUACUGAAUUUGGAAUCUUAUUUGGGGUAUAAUUUUCAUAUAAAAAGCCAAUGCGAAGUGUAGAAAAAUUGAUAGGAUAACUUGAAUUUAAGUGUUUGGUUCAUUCCUUGAGUGCAAAAAUACUCUGAAGUACAAWGCUGCUUCUCCACUGAGCUUUGUAGGUAAAUCGAAUGUAAAAGUAACUGUUUUUAGAUGGUGUGCAACUGUUUAAUGAAAAAUGGUAUUUCAUGGCUUAGAGGUGUUUCAAAACAGCUAUUAUGAGUCUUGUUGGGAGGCCUGCUGCUGAUGGCCAGUUAAGCAAGUGCGUCCUCUUGGAGUCUGAUCAUUCCUUUGGCCCUAAUCUUGUAAAGAAAAACUGGAAUUUCUGUUCUGGGAAGGGAGGGAAUGAAGGCACCCGGGCUUYUCCACAUCAUUUGGGUCCUUAUAAUCUGAAUCCUUGUAUGUGUGUUGUCCAGGCUUAACUCUUAAGUGCCCUGAGUUAUGGGGUUUCUAAACUGCUUUGUUGGUGAUACAAUGGGCAGGUUUUGCCUGAUCUUUCUCUCAAGAUUACCUCUUUCCAUAUUUAUUUCAGAUAUUCAUACGCAUCCCUCAUUGUGCAUUUCCGUAAAUCCAGAGUGGCUGAUUUCCCCCUUUUUAUAUCUGUUCUUUUUGUUCCACAGACUUGAGCUCUGUGUAAACAAAGCUGAUCUUCAUGACAUACCUGCUCCAGAUAAGAUAAUUUCCAAAAGUUGUCCUCAACAGGACAUCACGGUUUCAGACAUUUCCAAAAAUAAACCAAAACUAGCCUAGUGCUGGUCAGCAUUAGAAUUAUUAAUAAAAAUCUGUGGCCAACUCAUGAAACUGCUUAUAUGACUGCAUAUCUGA